GGCUGAAAUUCUUUGGGGCAUAGUGUUAACCAAGUUUUGGCAAAAAUUAUGUGUAAAACAAUCCCAUAUUUCUUGAAGCUUUUGUCUCAGUUCGGUGAUUGUACGAGCAGGAUGUUGUCGUUGAGCCUUUUUAUCUCGUGCCACAAACUUUCAAUAGUGGUACAUUAUUUUCUUCCAUCCAUUUUAUAGCCUUUUUUGAGGUAUGGCACGCUGCACCUUCUUGCUGAAACACAAAAUCUUGGCCGGAUUUCAAAC